CACUCUCCUAUCUUCAAACACGCCUCCGAACAAGUCCGAAGUGAUUUCUCUUUGGAGAGAGGCUCCCGGGACCCAUACAUCUCGCGUGUGCAUUGUGGGUGGGUGGGGGCCAGGUGCCGCUGUUCCCCUCGUCUCCCCGCAGGCAAGACCCUGGUGGUGGUGGAGAGCGACGUCUAGCCACAGCCAAGCCCGCUCCGGCCAAGCGCUCCCCGUUUUUCUGCAGGACUCCCUAACGCGCUCCGCGUGCGCCCCCCUCGCCGGAGCGCGCGGCGGCGGCGGCCCCUCCCUCCUCCCUCUCCCUCUGCCUCCUCCAGCCAGUAAAUCCGAUCUAGGCCGAUUCCUCUCACGUCAAACCACAUGAUCCCAUAAAACAUUCAUCACCUUUCAGUCCCCCCGCCGGAGCAGCCGAAACCAGCCUCGCCAGCGCCGCCGUCCCUCCUUCUCCGAGCCCCGGAUCGCGCGCCCUUUCCCAGCUGGGAAAGCCUCGCCACACAAAAAACAACUACCCGCUCCUCCCUACCCUGACGCCGGGAGGGCAAGACCAGCAGAAGCGGAGCCGAGGCAAAGCAGGGCGGACGCGCUCGGUGGAUCCAGCGCCUGCCUCUUUUCUCCUGCGUCGCAGCCGCCGGCGCGUUGGUGUGAGCCACAGCGCGCGGGGCGUCUCCUCCCUCAGUCCCUUCUGCCUGGAUGCUGGCUCCUCCGGCCGCAGGAGCGCUCCGCCUCGCUAGCCCGAUGAGCCAGGCGGGCAUCGGGCUUGUCGCCGGUAAAGGCAGCAGCAGCAUCCCCGUCGUCGUGCCCGCGCCCGGGUGGAAGUUUGCAUGAGGCUCCGCUGCGUUUCUUUUGGGAAGGAUUUGCCGCUGCGUCCCCCCCGUUGCCCUCCGAGCCGUGCCUUUCCCGAGCCCCUAAAAUGAAGAGGGCGAUCGCUGAAGGAAGCAAACUGCUAAUUUUGGUGCUGUGCUUGAACUUCCCGUCGGAAGCGGAAUCCUGCCCAGGGGCUUGCGUAUGCUACAGCGAACCCAAGAUCACCAUCAGCUGCCAACAGCAAGGACUUGGAGCCAUCCCCACCGAAAUCCCCAUCCAGACUCAGCGUAUCUUCCUCCACAGCAACAAGAUCACCGUGAUCCGUUCCACCAGCUUCACUUCCUGCCGGAACAUGUCCAUCCUCUGGAUCCAUUCCAACAACAUCAGCCUGAUCGAACCCGGGGCAUUCUACGGGCUCGACAAGUUGGAGGAGCUGGACCUCAGCGACAACACCAACCUGAGGUCCAUCAACCCUUCCACCUUCCAAGGCCUUGUCCACCUCCAUACCUUGCACCUUGACCGUUGUGGCCUCCUGGAGCUCUCCACGGGGCUCUUCCGGGGGCUCUUCUCUCUGCAGUAUCUCUACCUGCAGGACAACAGCCUGCAGAACCUCCUGGACGACACCUUUCUGGAUCUUGCUAACCUCACCUAUCUGUUUUUGCACGGGAACAGAAUAAAGAGUUUGUCGGAAAACGUGUUCCGGGGGUUGAUCAACCUGGACCGGCUCCUCUUGCACCAGAACCGGGUCAGUGUGAUCCACCGCAGGGCUUUCCACGACCUGGGCAAAGUGAUGACCUUGUACCUUUUCAAUAACAACCUGACGGUGCUGACGGGAGAGACGAUGGCUCCCUUGGUCUCCCUCCAGUAUCUCCGCUUGAACGGCAACCAAUGGGUUUGCGACUGCCAAGCCCGGUCGCUCUGGGAUUGGUUCAAGCAGUUCAAAGGGUCUUCUUCAGAACUCGAGUGCCACCUGCCCGCUCACCUGGCAGGGAGGGACCUCAAACGGCUGCAGAGCGCCGACCUGGAGGGAUGCGUCGACUCUUUCAACCAGAUCAGAACAAGCGUCUUUAGCACUAAGACCAGGACUGGCAAAUUGCCAACCGCCGACCCUCCUCUAAGCCCCCACGAUGGCGGGCGGAAAUGCUGCCAGCCGGAGAUGGAUAAGUCUUUUAUUUAUGAAGCCAAAGCCAAGGCAGGCCCGUCUUCCCACAGCAGCCGGGCCUCCUCCAACAACCCCCUCAAGGAUAAGGAAAACAUCGCCAAAACUAAGCCCCAGGUGGAGACGGACCCCUCUAAAAACAGCAGCAACAAACAGAUCAAUGACUCCCCCUUUGGGACCUUCCCCAGUGCAGUGGACCCUCCACUGACCAAUUUGAAACCUGAGUUCCUAGGCCCCAUCGAACCUUCGACAGUCCCAACCAAAAGGAGGCAGGGGUGUUCGAAAAAGAACAAAUCCAGGUCACAGUGUCGCAUAGCUCAGCCCACGCAAAGUACCACCUCACGGCUAAUCCCCAGCCUAUCGAUCACCCUGUUGGUGUGGAGUCUAUUCUGGUCCUGUUGAAACAACAGCAACAUGUCUCUUGUUUCCCUCCCACCCCUUUCCUCGAGGAGUGAUACUUUAAUCCCAGGACUUUUGCUUAAAAAAAUAUAUAAAACCAUUAAAAAAAUAAAAACAUAAAAUCACUUCCACAAACAAGAAGAAAGUUAAGCCCAGAGGGGGGGGGGGGGAAAUACAAAACAAAAACAAAACUUGGUUACACUACAAGUUAACUGGAUGCCUUUAUAAAAACAAAACGUUGUACAUAAUUUAUUUGUUCCUCCUGAAAUUUAUGUGUUUUAAUUUUUAAUUAUUAUUAUUAUUAUUUUUUCGUCCUUGGAACUGCACUUGCCCAUGAGAGUCUAUAGCCACAGCUGAUGGUUAAUAAGGAAAAAAAGAGAGAAAGAUUUACCUAUGGAAAAAAAUAAAAUAAAAUAGAAAAAAAAUAAAAGAUGCAAAUACGCCAUUUUCAAAAUGUUUUCCAAAGUGUUACUUGUAAUUUGAAACCAUCCUUGAAUGAUGUUGCAAAUACUGGUACCCCCCUACCAUUUGAAGAGGUGACACAACGAUUUCAUUGCGGCUCCUGCAUUUCCGAUUCCUGCAAUUUAACCAUCUUUCCACCUUCAUUAUUCCGCCAUGUUUACAGGGGCAUUUGUUAAAGAAUGCAUCCCUUUUCAUCCCCUCGAGACUGCAGUAUAUAUAUAAAUUAUAUAUAUAUAUAUAUAAAAGAUAUGCAUUUUAUUUUACUUGUGUACAAGUUCAACAAUGACAAAAAAGAUAUGAAAUAAAGGUUUUCUUUUCUUUU